CAUAACCAAUUCUUACACAAGAUUGAUAAACACUAUUGGAAUUUGUAUUAUAAUAACAAUAUAACUGGAUUAACUUGUACUUAUUUGACAUUUAUAAGUGACAAUAUUCUAUGAUUCAGUAAAAAAAGCCAACGUUGGUAAUCCCGGACAAAAUCCAUUUACCAACGUGGUUUUAUGCUAUAAUAGGAUAAUAUUAAAGGUUUACUAUUUUUCUUCUGCUGAAAGAGAAACGUUUUCCUUAAGGCGUCCACUUCAGUGGCACAGAAGCGAAAUAAUAAUAGAAUUACAUGUGCUUGUUUUGAUGAGAAAAUAAUAUUUAUUCAUAGUAUUUUGAUAUUAGCUUUGACAGAAAAAAAAACCUGGACAAUUGUCAAAAGAAUUGUAGUUUCGACCAGAUGAGAAGGCAGUUUUUAAGACUCCAGAAUAAUUAUUUUCGAAUGACUGUGUUGUAGUGUACAAGUGUAGGAAGGAAUUUUUGUUUCGGAGAGUUUUACGUUCAGAGGAGAAAGAAAAUGUCGACUAGAAGUAGAAAUAAAAAGAUGACCAUGUUACGGAUGUACGUUUUCAGUAUUAUGUGUUGUGUAUCCUGCCUGGGACAAGAAAUUCUUAAGUAUUCAAUUUUGGAGGAGUUACCAAAAGGACGAUUCAUCGGUGACGUGCGAGAAGAUUCAAAACUACGGACGAUGGCGUCAGCAGACGACUUUUCCCAAAUUAGCUACAGUGUUUUAGCAGAAGGAAAAACAUACGAGAAAUAUUUUACAGUAAACUCGAAAAAUGGUUCUUUAUAUACAGAUGAUGUUAUUGACAGAGACUCGUUAACAAACUGUGUUUAUGAAACCGUGUGUGUUCUUCAAUUAAGUAUAGUUGCAAAAUCAGAGAUUAGUGCAUUCUUUAGGACUUUGAAAGUGAGUAUUACGAUAAAAGAUAUCAAUGAUAACGUGCCAGUAUUUCCACAGGAUUUCAUGACUCGUGAAAUAUCAGAGCUCGCGUCCAUUGGUGCCUCAAUGUCACUAGUCGGUGCCAUCGACGGUGACUCCGGGAACUAUUCUCUACAGAGAUAUUAUAUUUUAAAUGAAGAAUCGUUAGACUUGCCUUUUACAAUAUCUUAUGAAAAAUUUGUAGAUGGAAGCUCAGAUGUUAAUCUAAAAAUAACAGACAAGUUGGAUAGGGAAGUUCAGGACUCCUAUACUAUUACAAUUGUAGCUGAAGAUGGGGGCCAACCUCCUCUGACUGGAACAAUGACGCUAAGCAUCAUCAUAGACGAUACCAAUGACAACAAACCUGUAUUCGGCAGCCAGUUAUAUAACGCAACGGUUAACGAAACGAUGGAAAUCGGCGAAGAGAUUAUACAGUUAUCUGCCACUGAUGCUGACAUAGGAAUUAAUAGUGAAAUUGUAUACAGAUUAAGUAGAAAUCAAAUUGGCAAAAUUCAGGAAUUAUUUGCCAUUAACGAAUCCACAGGGGUUCUGUCGGUCAAAAAGAAGUUUGAAAGUGGUGGACAGUUCCGGGUGAUCGUUGAAGCGAGUGAUAAAGGGACACAACCGUUGAUGACUCAGGCUAUUGUUUCGGUCACCGUUUUGGACUCUGACAAUAAUCGCCCGGAUAUUAAGGUAAACCUGUUUUCGGAUAGUGGAAUGGCGACGAUCUCUGAAUACGCGGAUUUAGGAACUGUUGUGGCACAUGUUAAAAUAAUUGAUAAAGACACCGGAGCUAAUGGAAUAAUUAAAUGUGAUAUUGACAGUGAUAACGGGGUUUUCAACCUUCAAGGUUUAGAUGUCAAUGAGUACAAGGUCACGGUCGCUAGGGGCCUUGAUAGGGAAAGCAUGGAUUUUAUCUUCGUGGUAAUUAACUGCUACGAUAAAGGUACACCGCCACAGACAAGCUUCAUUGAAUUUAGUGUUAAAGUUAUUGACGAAAAUGACCACUCUCCUAUAUUUUUACAGAAAAUUUACUUUAUUGAUAUACUAGAAAAUAACACAGUUAAUUCAGACAUUGUGCAGGUAUCAGCUAUCGAUAAUGACAUUGGCAAAAAUGGUGAAAUUUCGUACUCCAUGUGGGCUACUGGUGAUUAUCGUUUUACUAUGGAUCCACUAUCAGGGAUGAUUAAAACCCAGUCUUCUUUCGACCGCGAGAAGAAUGCCACAAUCAAAUUGUAUGCAUAUGCCAGAGACAAUGGGUCUCCGGCUCGAACCGGCACCGCCACGGUGAUAAUAAACGUCCUCGAUUUGAAUGAUAAUGUCCCAGAAUUCAAUAAGAUGUUUUAUGAGUUUAGUGUAUUAGAAAAUGUGGCUAUCGACACGAGUGUAGAUCGUGUAGUUGCUACUGACACGGAUACUGGUGACAAUGCUAAACUGGGCUACCAUAUUGACAAGGCUGUACCUUUUACUAUAGAUUCUAAUGGGGUCAUAACUACAAAAACAAAACUUGACCGUGAAGAUAAGUCAGUUUAUAGCUUUUUAGUGACCGCUUAUGACCAUGGAACGCCGUCCUUGAAUACGUCAACAAAUGUCGUCGUGCACGUGCUGGAUACGAAUGAUCACGUGCCAAAGUUCAUCUUCCCUGACAUAGUCAACUACACAGUCGAACUUACUGCUGAUACUCAACCAAACUCUGUUGUCAGAAAGAUUCAAGCUUUAGAUCUGGAUGAAGGUUUAAACGGUGAAUUGGUUUAUUCUAUACUAAACUCAAAUGUGUCAGAUUUAUUUAGAAUAGAUGAGGGUUCUGGAGAAAUAACGCUCGUCCGUCCCCUGGUAUCGUCUGAUGAAGAUGUUUUCAACAUAUUGUUACGCGUGGAUGAUAAAGGAACACCUAGCCUUUACGCCACAACUUCAUUGAACAUUUUCGUUGCUAGGAAACAACCGUUGCCUUCAGUGGGUGAUUCUAAGGGAGAAAAUUUGCUAAUUGCAAUCACUGUCAGCGUCGUUACAUUUGUCCUCGUAUUCACGAUCGUACUCGUCAUCUGCAUUUUGAAGAGGAAGUGGUUCAGAAAUAAAGAAAAUUCAUGCUCCGAGGACACAUUCUGCGAAAAGGCGAAACCCGGAAAUGAACGAAGAGUGAAAUUUGCCGAUUUGGAACCGCGGAUAAAUGAGAAGAGGUCAUCCGUUACCAUGCCACCGCCGUAUGAAACCAUGACAACUUUCAGUAACUGCGACGGCAACGAUAGCAGAGAUUCUGAUAUGACUACAUCAACGGUUGACAUGGAGACACCCAUCCUCGAAAAACACAACAAAGUAUCGAAAGAACAAAGGGACCUAGCAUCUACAUCAACUUUGAGGGGAUCAGCUGAGCAACUUGUGGGAUCAUCCGAAACUUUAUGCGAAGUGAAACAAUCUACGCCUCGUUCUGACGACGGAAAGCCUCGUUUUGAUAACACGCCUCGUUCUGAUUCCCAACUGUGGACGCUGCAAUCACAUAGCACUCUUCUGAAUUCAUCAAUCAAGCCGCACACGACAAUUUCUACGUUUGGUCCAGACGACAACCAUUCACACACUUCCGGUGAAACUGUGACUAGUGAUAGUGGGCGAGGCGGAAGUGAGACAGAUAUUCACAGUGCCAGUCUUUCAAACUCUCACGAUUCAGAUAUCAGACUUCCUUCCGACUUGCGAUAUCCACGCGCUAACAGCACGUUCAUUGGACAGCAAAAGCCCUGGUUAAAUCUUGCGGAUCUACGUCAUCACAAUUGCCAACGACUUCCGGUUGCGCAGCAGCUUCACGACGAUCGUAAACACAGACUUCAGCUCCGUGAUUUCGCCGAUAGAACUAGCACAAGGAAUAAGCCGGGUGUACACCAGUUUCAUAGAGGGCCACAUUCACAAAGUGAUAAUAACUUUAAUCGUCAAAAAGUAUAUCCGGUUUCAAAACCACCCGUUUUCCAGCCACCACCCAGUGACCUUGACCGUAGUUAUAUGACCUAUGAAGAAGAAGACGAUGACUUGUCAACUACAACCUCGGGGAGUUAUACCAUUGACCACGAGGAUGUGAGCCUAGAUUUACGGUCUCCGCCACCAGGUGCUCAUGCACUAAGGGGAUGUCUGGUUUGAAGCGGGAAACAUUCGGGAAGGGGAACUACUCCAACCUUAAGGGCCCAAUCAACCUUGGCUGCUGAAAAUCAAACUCUCUUGAGCCUGUGACAUCAAUUAUGACGUCAUCACGAUGAAAUGACCAGACAAUGGCUUACAAAUUCUAAGCAAGACAAGAUGAGACUUGCAUCCGAUGUAAUCAUGAAUCAUAGUUCCUUGCAUCAGGAACUGAAGGCAAUCGAACAAGUUCAUCAACAAGGCCAAGGUCAUGACAAGUCAUCUGGUUCCCAAAUAACUUGGAAACCAGCCAAACCGAUCACGUGAUUAUGUCAAUAUAAAACAGUGGCCGUUAAACAGAGUGCUAUAUGUUAAACAAAGGUGUGCAAUAACUGGUGCUUUCGUUUUUAAAUUUCCUUGUGACAUUUUGUGUAAGGAAGUUACAUAACUGUGUUCAUUCAUUACCAGAGUUAUCUUCUCUUGGUUAAACACAUUUUAUAAUUGUAAAAAAACUGUGAUAUUGGACCGUGUGCAUUUUAUACAGGGUCACAUAAUUAUGAUCUCUUGAAUUCGUAUUAUAUUUUGCUAUUUUGAAAGUGUAAUUUAUUGUAGGGAAAGUUGAAUUUAAAAGAAAAUAUAUAAGGAUAUAUGUCAGUACUGUUUUAAAGAUAUAACAUGUUGUAAAAAUUAUUGCAUGUUUGAAUGUAAAUGUGUACAAAGUGUUUCUCAAUUUCUAUUGUUGUAUAUUAUGAUGUAAAUUAUUACGCAAUUAUGUUUUGUUAUUGAGAUUGUUAAGUAUUUAAUAAAGAGAAAAAUUAUUGUAAAAAAAAUAAUA